CUGCCCUUCUGGGUCGCUCUGAAACUUUCGGUUUGUACCGAACGGGAAGCCAUGAAUGGCCGCAGAGACGGGCCGUUGAUGAGGAACUCCUCGCAAGGAUCCAUUUUCUGCAAAUCGAGGGUCGGGACUGCCAUGUUCAUCGGCGUCUUUCUUGGAUGUGUCUUUGCCUUCUUCUUCCCUGGUGGGAUCUUCGCGUCGAGUUCUCUCUCAAUUCGUGAUUCUCGUGCCGUGAAAUUUAUAUCCAAGGCUGAUUCGAGUUCAUGUGACUCAUCUGAACGAAUUGACAUGUUAAAAUCCGAAUUCAUAUCAGCGUCGGAGAAAAAUGCUCAGCUAGAAAAACAGAUCAGGGAAUUAACUGAAAAGCUGAAGUUGGCUGAGCAAGGCAAAGAUCAUGCACAGAAGCAAGUUCUUGCUUUAGGUAAACAGUUCAAAGCCGGGCCUUUCGGUACCAUAAAAGCUGUAAGAACAAAUCCACCUGUUCUCCCUGAUGAAUCUGUGAAUCCAAGAUUAGCAAAGAUAUUAGAGAAAGUUGCUGUUAAUAGAGAGCUUAUAGUCGCAGUAGCGAAUUCGAAUGUGAAGGCGAUGUUGGAAUUAUGGUUCACUAGCAUCAAGAAAGCAGGCAUACCUAAUUAUCUUGUUGUUGCUUUGGAUGAUGAAAUAGUUCAAUUCUGCAAAUCAAAUGAUGUCCCAGUGUAUAAGAGAGACCCUGAUGAACAAGUUGAUUCAAUUGGAAGGACUGGAGGGAACCAUGCCGUCUCCGGCACAAAAUUCCGCAUCUUGAGGGAGUUUCUGCAGUUAGGAUAUGGUGUUUUACUAUCCGAUGUGGAUAUCGUUUACUUGCAAAAUCCUUUCAAUCAUCUUUAUCGGGAUUCAGAUGUCGAAUCCAUGACUGAUGGUCAUGACAAUGCUACUGCUUAUGGAUACAACGAUGUCUUCGACGAACCUGCAAUGGGUUGGGCUCGAUUCGCGCACACGAUGCGUAUAUGGGUUUAUAACUCCGGCUUCUUCUAUAUUAGACCAACUAUUCCAGCAAUUGAGCUUUUAGAUCGCGUGGCUAAUCGGCUUUCUCACGAGCAGAACUCCUGGGACCAGGCUGUUUUCAAUGAGGAACUGUUUUUCCCUUCGCACUCAAACUACGAGGGGCUUUACGCCUCUAGGAGAACCAUGGAUUUCUAUCUUUUCAUGAAUAGCAAGGUUCUUUUCAAGACAGUAAGGAAGGAUGAUAAUCUGAAAAAGCUGAAGCCCGUCAUCAUCCAUGUGAAUUACCAUCCCGAUAAGUUUCCUCGAAUGAAAGCCGUGGUCGACUUCUAUGUCAACGGGAAGCAGGAUGCACUGAACUCCUUCCCUGAUGGUUCAGAAUGGUAAAUUUUCUUUUCUAUUUAUGCUCUGCAGAUCAUAGGACUUUACUUGGACAAAACAUUGGCUCAAAAAAGUAUCAAAGAUGGAUGGUUUCACAACCUUAAGGUCAGUUGAGGAGCCUGUUCUUUUUCAGAUCACAGUGAUUUAUGUUAUCUUCCAAAUGAUUUUUUGUAAUGCUUUAUUUUAUGAAAGAAGAAAAAUAAAAGGAUUACUCAGCAAAGAGGCCUUCUGGGUUGUAACUUAACUUGUAUCUUUAGGAAGUUUUUCUUAGUCUGGCCACACUCUUAUGCCUUGUACUUUCUCUCGCUUAAUUGAGUUCUUUUGCCCAUA